AGUUGCAUUGUCCAGCGGCUGAUGCUGUCCAGUGGCUGUUACAUCAGGUCGUAGUGCUUUGAUUUCGAAGAGCGUCAUUAGUACAUGGGUGUGAACGUUUCAAGAAGGCAGCUCUGUUGUUAGAGGACUACUGAUACUGAUUCGAAGACGCUUUUCUACUAGUUUGAUGCUAAUAUUGAAUUUUGAGAAGGUUUUGGUGGAAAAGCUUGUUUGGACUAUUUGUCAUAUUCAGCUGACAGUGUGUAUAACGUCGAGCGGCUUAUCAAGACAGAGGAAUAUACAGCUACAGAACUUUGGUGAUCCAGCAGGCCCUGCACAGGCAGCCCAGUACUGCAGCUCAGUACCUGCAGCAGAUGUACGCAGCACAGCAGCAGCACCUCAUGCUGCAGACAGCAGCCCUCCAGCAGCAACACUUGAGCUUGGCUGCAGUGCAACAGCAGGCCGUGUCCUCCAAACCACUAUCAAGCUGGCCGGCUCUCCGGCUGCUACGGCCCAGCUGAUCAGCAGAGCUCAGGGGGCGGGUUCCUCUCCGGCCAGCAUUACGCAGCAGACUGUGCUCCUGGGCAACUCCUCCACCCCCACCCUCACCGCCAGCCAAGCACAGAUGUACCUGCGGGCACAGAUGGCACAGCAAAAUAACCUUGUGCAAGUAGCUAGGAGCCUAGGACGUGCUGUUCCUUUGUCCCCACAGCUCAUACUCACUCCAACUGCCGCAGUUGCCACCAUCCAGCCAGACACGUCCUCACAGUCAGUCAGUCAGCAGACAGCCAACGCACAGAUGCAGAACCUGAUCCUGCAUGGCCAGCAGGGGGCAGUGGUCUCCUCCCCCAGUCAGGCUCAGCUACAGGGGCUCAGCAUGAAACAGUGUGCUGGAGGGGCAGCUGAACUGGCCCUGCAUGGACAGACGGGGCUCCAGCUAAAGAGCCCUGAGCCUGACUCCGGUUCCCAGGUACCACCGGCCCCUUUGGGCCCCCCAGGAACAGCAGUAAAGGCCAGCCCAGCAGAUGCUUCCUCAGAGCCAUCGAAGAUGAACGACAUCUCCAGUGGGCUGUGUCCACAUGUCAGCCACAAUGUGACAACGAGUACCCAUCCUCUCAUCAACACUGCAUACGCACAAAUCCAGACCCAUCAACUGCUCCAGCACAAGCAGCAGUUCUUGAUCCAGCAGCAGUCGCAGCUGUCUCAGAAAAGCCCAGGCCAGUUCUUCCAGCCAGGCGCUGUCCAGCCCAGCAUCCAGGACCAAGCCCAGACUGUGCAGGCUGUGGCCCUCCAGCCUGCCCUUGCAAGCCAGCAUUGUGCCAUCCCUGCACUUCCAAAACCACCUGCUCCCUGCCAACAGGCCGCCAUCUUCCAUUCCUCUGUGAAUCCUCAGGUGCUUACCCACAUCGGGCAGAGCUCCUUGCUGAGUCCCACCAAAGACAAACAGCUGCAGAUAUCAGCCACUGGGCUCCCACUUCAGCCCUCACCAGCCCAGAUUGCCGUGGUGAUGCAGGACGAUGCUGAUAAGGAUAACUUUGCUCCUCCUGCAGCCAGAAAUCCCCCAAGUGAACAGCAGCUGCUGUCCCUACCCACGCAAGAGCCAGCCAACAUAGAACAAUGCCUGUCUGAUCAUAACCAUCUGACAAGGAGCUCGGAAGGCACGGGUGCUGCGGAGUGUGUGAAUGCUAAACCAGGUGUGUGCAUACCUCCAGCCAUGACCUCGGGCAAUGGGAACAAUGCACCCACUGUGACCGGCAGUACUCCUCAAAAUGGCGAGAGCAAAACACCCCAAGCAAUUGUUAAGCCCCAGAUCCUCACUCAUGUCAUUGAGGGAUUCGUUAUCCAGGAGGGAGCAGAGCCUUUCCCUGUGGAGCGACCGUCAUUGUUGAUUGAAAACCUUAAGAAGCAGAAGCAACAGCAACAGUCCUAUUCCGAGCUAGAGAAAAAGGCUCAGGACUCUCACACAGUGGACUCUGAAAUGGAGGAUAUCUCACAUCAAGACAUGAAGAACCAGCAGGAGGAGCCAACACUCUCAUGUGAACUGUGUGGGAAAGUAGACUUUGCUUACAACUUCAAAAGAUCAAAGCGGUUUUGUUCUACAGUAUGUGCAAAGAGGUAUAAUGUGGGAUGCACAAAACGAAUAGGCCUUUUUCCAAGACGACCAACUCCUGAGAACCCCAAGAAACAGAAAGCCUCCAGUAACAGUCACCAGAACACUAGUUCAGAGGCCAAAAAACGAAAUCCCAGCAGUCAAACAGUCCCAGCAGGGUCAUUCUCCUCCCCUCGCCUCUGCAACCUGAGUCAUGGAGAGUCCACCCAGUGCUCGGACAUGUCCAGCUAUGAGGAGCCUCCCUCACCCCUAUCCGUAGCCAGCUCUGGGGCCCAGAGGCCACGCAGGGACAGGGGACCCGAACAUGGUGAGAACCAGGGCAGAGAGAUGCCCUUCCUGCCCAGCGACCCAGCCAAAUGGAAGGUGGCGGACGUUUACGAGUUCAUCUGCUCCCUGCCAGGCUGCCAGGAGAUUGCUGAGGAGUUCCGUGCUCAGGAGAUCGAUGGUCAGGCCUUGCUGCUGCUGAAAGAAGACCAUCUUAUGAGCGCCAUGAAUAUCAAGCUAGGGCCUGCACUGAAAAUCUUUGCCCGCAUCAGUAUGCUCAAAGACUCAUAGCCUCUCCCACUGGAGACUGUAGCGCCACAGCUGGAAAGGACUGGAAAUACCCAAAACUCCUGCACUGAUUUCUCUUCACAUCCUGUUAUGGCAAUGAAUCCAGGGAACCUGUGCUGCUCCUCAAAGCCCCAAGGGACUGUAUUCUGCUCACAGUUAUUCCUAAGGAGUGAGGAAAGAAUGGUCUUCAGUCUGGUAGCCUUGUCAUGGUCUCAUAGGGGAACAAUCAGCUUGAAGAAUUGCUUGGAUGAAUUACAAGCACAAUUAGCUAGACAUCAACCUUUUAUAAAUUAUGUUCACAAAUGGUUAUGAUUCUUCUGACCAGGAAAGGCUAAUAAGAAUGUGCCAUAGCACCAGGUUUACAAUUCAUUUUUACAUAUAUGUGGGUUUUGUUUCAAGGUAUGUCAAAAACUUGUCGUUCAGGUGCUUGUCGCAGUGAAUUUGUGAUUUUAGUUUCUUUUACAUAUAAUGAUAAUUCUGUUCAGUUAUGAAAUGGGACUAUAAGCCUUGCAUAAAUAUGCCCAAGCAAUCUUCAGAAGCCAACGGUUUACACAAGAUAUAAUUUAAAAGUUCCACAAAUUGUCUGUUUAAAUGCAAUGUGUCCUCUUCACACCAGUCUGAUUUAACUACAUGAGGGAUAAUGUGUGUCUGAAAAUUUAUUAGCAUUUUAUCAGUAUGUGCCUAAUGCUCCUCUAUUCCAAAGAUGACUCGAUUUCCAUAAUUCUCAUUUUGGAUAAGCCAUUCAUUACCAUUAAAUGUUUUAGCAUUCAGGUGGUCAUUUAUCUUUGCAAAGUUAUUGGUGUGAAAUCUACUGUAGCAUAUACUCAAGAUCCAAAGUUAAAUGAGUCUGCAUAUCAGGUGUUGAACCCAUCCAUAGUAUUUUCCUGCUUUCCUAAUAUGCCAAUAUUGUCUCGUAACCAUCCCACCAAGUCCUAAAAAUACUCAAACCUAAAUGCUAAGUGACUACAGUAAAGCUUGUGUCACUGUUUUAAUUUACAUUCUGCAUCAGUUGAUCAAAUGUUUAUUUAUUGAGAGUAAAUCUGUUUUGUAUUUGGAAAAAAUAAAACUUUGUCAUUAAGCACGUUUGUCCGGUUUGAAGGCUGUGGCUGCGCUAUUUUCUGGGUUAUGGCCUUCCCACUAGUUUCUGUACUCAGUCAUUCCAUUAAGGGAGCUGUGUUGCUAGUGAAAUGUAAUUAAUUUCCUUCAUCUAUGGAAUUCGUGAUACGCUCAGAAUAUAUAAAAUGAAAACUCCUUUAUAUUAGAAUUACAUUUGAAAAUAUAGCUGCAGAUGGCUAUUAAGAGGUCCAAUCACUUUAUCAAAUCUACACAGUUUGGCUACUGAUGACAUCCCAUAUUAAGUUCACUAGCCUCUGUGGUUGGUUUUGAGGUUUUGUUCUUGGGAAUGUUGUAUUUUAAAACUAGUCUUUCCAUUUUCUCUGCUGAAUUGCUUUAUAUAAACUCAUAAUUUUCUGAUUUGACAUGACUGAGAAAUAUAGUUCCCCUGGAAGGUCAGUUCACCACAAAUGUGCUUGCAUUCACAGUAUGUUUAUAUACACCAUUGAUGUUUGGUGAUAAUCUGACACUCUAUGGCUAAGUUUUAGCCAACUAAUUAACAAAAAGCCUGCACCAGGGGAUUGACAUAAAUAAACAUAUUUUU